CGCAACUGUCCUCGGCGUAUACAACCAUGGCUUCGAGGUUCGUCGCAAAAUCUGCCGCCGGCAUUGCAAGGAAUGCUCCUCAGUCUCGCAACAUGUCGACCUUGAACAAGUUCAGUGCCAAGAUCACCCAGCCCAAGUCGCAGGGUGCUUCCCAAGCUAUGCUUCUCGCCACUGGUAUCACUGAGAAGGAUCUCUCGAAAGCUCAGGUUGGUAUCUCCAGUGUGUGGUAUGAGGGUAACCCCUGUAACAUGCACUUAAUGGACCUCGGAAAGAAGGUUAAGGAGGGAGUUCAGAAGGCCGGGUUGGUGGGAUACCAAUUCAACACCAUCGGUGUCAGUGAUGGUAUUUCCAUGGGUACCAAGGGAAUGCGCUACUCCCUUCAGUCCCGUGAGAUCAUCGCUGAUUCCAUCGAGACUGUUAUGAGCGGUCAGUGGUAUGACGCAAAUAUCUCCUUGCCUGGUUGUGACAAGAACAUGCCCGGUACAUUGAUCGCAAUGGGACGUGUCAACCGACCUUCUAUCAUGGUUUACGGAGGUACUAUCAAGGCCGGAAGGUGUGCCAGUCUGAACAAUGCUCAGGUCGAUAUCGUUUCCGCAUUCCAGUCAUACGGAGAGUACAUCGCUGGUCGCAUUACUGAGGAGACUCGUGCGGACAUCAUCCGUUCCGCAUGCCCUGGUGCUGGUGCCUGUGGUGGAGUUUACACCGCGAACACUAUGGCAUCUGCCGCCGAGGCUAUGGGUAUGUCUCUUCCUGGUUCGUCCUCGUACCCGGCAGAGUCCCCUGCGAAGAUGCGUGAGUGUCUCCAGGCCGGGGAGGCCAUCAAGGUUCUCCUCGAGAAGGACAUCAAGCCCCGUGACAUCAUGACUCGUGCUGCCUUUGAGAACGCCAUGGUCCUUAUUACCGUUCUCGGUGGGUCCACCAACGCCGUUCUCCACUUGAUCGCCAUCGCUCACUCUGUUGGCAUCGAGUUGACCAUCGAUGAUUUCCAGGCUGUCAGUGACCGCACUCCUCUCCUUGCCGACAUGAAGCCCAGUGGCAAGUACGUUUUUGAGGACAUUCACAAGAUCGGCGGUAUCCCCGCCAUCCUCAAGUUCCUCCUUGACGAAAAGAUGAUCGAUGGAAACAUCUUGACUGUUACUGGUAAGACUCUUGGCGAGAACUUGGCACUUGCCGAGGAUCUGCCCCAGGGACAGGACAUUAUCCGUCCCCUCACCAACCCUAUCAAGAGCACCGGUCACUUGCAGAUUCUUCGCGGAUCUCUUGCUCCCGGAGGUAGUGUUGCGAAGAUUACCGGAAAGGAGGGUACCGAGUUCACGGGUAAGGCUCGUGUGUUCAACGAUGAAGACUCCUUCACCGAGGCCCUUGAGCGUGGUGAGUUCAAGAUUGGUGAGAAGGCUGUUGUUGUCAUCCGUUACGAAGGUCCCAAGGGUGGCCCCGGUAUGCCCGAGAUGUUGAAGCCUUCAUCAGCUAUCAUGGGUGCCGGUCUUGGCAAGGACGUUGCUUUGAUUACCGACGGACGUUUCAGCGGUGGCUCCCACGGUUUCUUGCUGGGUCACAUUGUUCCUGAGGCGCAGGAGGGUGGACCCAUUGCCUUGGUUGAGGACGGCGAUGAGAUCUUCAUCAGUGCUGAGAAGAAUGUCAUUGACUUGAGGGUGUCGGAGGAGGUGCUUGCUGAGAGAAGGAAGUCGUGGGUCGCUCCUCCAUUGAAGUACACUCAGGGAACUCUGUACAAGUUUGCCAAGAACGUUACGAACGCAUCGAACGGUUGCGUUACAGACUUGUAA